UUCAAACCUUCUUCCUCAUCCACAACCCUACCCUCCCGACCCGUCUUCACUUCUCUAUACAAUUCUCCUUAUUUUCAAAUCAAGAUAUCCAAGACCAUGCCGGAGUCCAAAGUCAUCGUCCUCACAGGAGCAAGCCGUGGAAUCGGUCUUGCUAUGGCCGAGUACCUCCUCAAAACAUCCCACAAACUAGUCCUUGUAGCAAGAAGUGCCGAAUCCCUGGAAAAGCUGAAGUCAGAGUAUCCUGGCCAGGUUGAAUAUCUUGCUGUUGAUCUUACUGAUUUCUCUAAUGGUCUGAAGGCUAUUGACCUCGCCUUAAAAUCCUUCUCUCGCAUAGACGGGCUAAUUUUGAACCAUGGCACUCUCAGCCCCGUCAAACGUGUAGCGGACAGUACCCCGGAGGAGUGGAGAAGCGCAUUUGAUGUCAAUUUCUUCAGUGCUUUAGCUUUUAUUAAACCUGCUAUUAGCCCUCUCCGCCAGACACAUGGUCGUAUCAUCAUGACAUCUUCCGGGGCAUCAGUCAGCGCGUAUUCUACAUGGGGCUCAUACGGCUCUUCCAAAGCUGCUUUAAACCACCUGGCACUGACUCUCACCGCGGAAGAGCCUGAUAUUACUACAAUAGCGAUCCGGCCUGGAGUUGUUGAUACCGAAAUGCAGAAGGAAGUUCGAAGCCACUCUACUGUCAUGGAUGAAAAAGAUGUCCGGAAAUUCAAGAGCGCUCACGAGGAAGGGAAGCUUCUACGACCGGAUCAGCCUGGCAAUGUGAUUGCAAGAUUGGCUCUGGGCGCUCCGAAAGAUUUGAGUGGCAAGCUCUGGAACUGGAACGAUAAAGAACUCGGCGACUUUCAAGGUUCAUAG